AUGAACUGGCAGCAUUACCCGUCGCCUUGGACUCAAAUCAACCCUCGCGGAGUACUAGGCCCGGCGCCUACACGUCCAGACCAAGCCCACAUUGCUGGCAAUCUGCUGCAGCCUACUACGGACUUUGCGAGAGCCUUUAACACCAUGACCAUUGGAGACCCGGCUGCCGCAAACUGGUAUAUAGACUCAGGGGCCACUGCUCAUCUAGCAUCGACCUCAGGUAUUCUAGACUCUGUUCUUAAACAUAGCACCGGAAAUUCUGUUGUAGUUGGUAACGGUUCAUCCAUUCCAAUCACUCAUACUGGUUCUACUUCUUUGUCAUCACCAUCUCGUUCUCUCUCUUUGAAUAAUGUCCUUGUUGCUCCUAACAUUAUUAAAAACCUUAUCUCUGUUCGUCGGUUUACUAAUGAUAAUUGGUGUUCGAUUGAAUUUGAUCAUUUUGGUUUCUCUAUUAAGGAUCUCAACACCAGGAAGACGCUACUCCGCAGUGAGAGCAAAGGAGAUAUCUACUCCAUUCCUUGUUCUCAGAAUAAACCGACGAACUCACCCUCUGUUUUGUCGUUGCCAAUCCUUCUUUGUGGCACAAAAGACUUGGCCACGUCAAUAAUAAUUCUUUGCGUUCUUUGA